GGAAUACCAUACCAUACCAUUUGGACGUCCCGACUGAUUAUGUCGAUACUCGGGGUCUUCACUCAAACGUGGGGCUGUCCAGCUCAAUUGAGGGCUGUUGGCAACGCUAUCUUCCCCACCGCACUGGCGAAGGGGCCAUGAAAUUCUCCUGCUGAGCCUAAGGUCGGAGCUGGGGCAUCCUGUUCUCGCACCCAUCGGACUUCACGCCGGUGUGCACUACCGAGCUGGGUGCGAUGGCGAAGAUCUACCCCGACUUCGAGAAGAACAAUAUCCGCGUCAUCGCCCUAUCCUGCAACUCACUCGAGUCGCACAAGCUCUGGGUCAAGGACAUCAUCGCGUUCAACGACCUGCGCAUGAACGACCUGCCGUUUCCAAUCAUAUCCGACGAAAAGCGGGAGCUGGCCGUGCAGCUGGGAAUGCUGGACCCCAUUGACAAGGACAACGAGGGCAUACCGCUCACCUGCCGGGCGGUAUUCAUUAUUGGACCCGACAAAAAGUUGAAACUCUCUAUGCUGUAUCCAGCCACCAGUGGGAGAAAUUUUCCAGAACUCUUUCGAGCUGUGGCAUCCCUCAAGCUCACCGAAGAGAAGAAGGUGGCCACUCCGGCCAAUUGGAUGCCGGGUGAGGCGUGCAUGGUGAUUCCAAGCGUCAAGGACGAAGAGAUCCCGCUGCUGUUCCCCAAGGGCGUCACGUCCUACAAUGUGCCAUCGGGCAGAAAGUACAUCCGCGUCACACCCCAGCCUGACCCUUGACGCGGCUGUGGACCGGCUGCACUUCGGCUGCACCGCAGACUCCGUGUUCCUGCAUUACUUGCGAGAUUUCAGUGCACUCACGCAUGCGUAGAAAACUUCACGCACACCAGGUGCUAUCUGUUUUUGCACGUCGCGUGUAAGCUACAUGCACGUGGUUGCUUGAAAAGUAUCGCGUCACUUAUACGCAAGUAGGAAGAAAAUUACGUCCCCGCGUCUCGCGAGAGACAAUGUCACAUGGCAUAUAGCACGAAACAUAAAAGAAAUGGUU